AUGAAGUUAGCUGCUAUACCGUUGCUAAGCUUCCUCUUCGGUGUGGCGCUGAUCACUCCUGGCAAAAAGGUAUCUGUGCUUUCUCACUCCUUGUCAAGUUCAAAGUUAGGUUCAGGUUCAGGUUCAGGUCCUGCAAAAUUUGAUGCAAAGCCUUGCAAAGAUCUUCAAGUACCUGUACCUGUACAUGUAAAUCGCAGACAAGCUUUGCAAACUGCAGCAGCUGCUAUUAAUAGCGCUGGACUGUGGCUACCUGCAUCUGCAGCUGCAGCCAGCACUAGUAUCAACCCAAUUGCAACUCUGUCAGACGGGACUGCUUUUCCUCUGGCAUCCUUUGGCUUGCAAAUCUACAAUGACGAAUCUGCCUAUCGAUUAACUCUACUGGCGCUAGAAGUGGGAUACCGAAACUUUUUUGCUUCCGUCUUGGCGGGAAAUCAAAGAGGUUUUGCCAAGGCGGUAAGGGAUAGUGGCAUUCCACGAGACCAACUAUAUAUCUGUGGUUCCGUGGUCUCCAAUAGAGGCGUGGGAUUCGAAAAGGCGUACAAGGAUACCACCUCAGGAUGGAAACGAAACAUAGAAGCCUUUGCCGCGGGAAACAUUUACUAUUUAGAUCAAAUCAUGCUAGAUUAUCCUGGACCGGAUGCUCCCAGUAUUCAAGGACAAUGGGCAUCCUUUCAAGACAUGCACGCACAGAAACUCACAAAGACCCUUAGUCUAUCCAACUUUUCACCCACACAACUCGAUUGCAUUCUAAAACCAACCACAAUGGAUCCCAAGUACAAUUUGGCCGUCAAGCCAGUCGUCAACCAGCUGCCCUACUCGGUCGCAUACCACCCCGGGGAUGUCGUGGCGCAAAACAAACAACGUGGAAUUCUCGUACAAGCGUGGGCGCCCUUGGGAGGAUCACUUGGAGGACGAUUCAGUUCCAGUCUCAAGGGAAAAUGCGCUCAAAUUGGAAAACCCUACAACAAAUCGUGGGCGCAAGUGGCUCUUCGAUGGAUUGUACAAACCGGCGCAUCCUUUACCACACAAAGUCAAAACAAGGAUCAUUUCCAAGAGGAUCUCAACAUUUUUGACUUUGAAUUGACGGCACAAGAAAUGCAAGAGUUGUCAGCGUUGGCAUAA